UGCGCCGCGCCUGCCCGGGCUCCUGCGGCGCCUCCUUGCCGGGGUUUUUGAUUGUGACUUAUUUUUUAGUGGGUUUCCCACGUCGGGAAACCCGGAGCACUUACUGGCGCUUCUGACCGGUCGGGUCCGGGUGGCUGUGGUGGGCGAUUCGCGCCGCGGCGGCUAAAGCGCCCGGGGAACAGCAGCCCGACGUGGGCUCCCGUUCCCGUGCCCGAGUUGUGGCAGGUGGGAGGGUGCUCUUUGGAGAAACCUGUCAAAGGAUGCGGCCCCAUGUGAGAACUGUAUUGUCAGAACAGCCAACGACUUUCACAAUCACUGUGACAUCUGAAGCAGGAGAAAAUGAUGAAACUGUCCAAACAACCCUGAAAUUUACCUAUAGAGAAAAAUAUCCAGAUGAAACUCCACUUUAUGAAGUUAUCUCGCAGGAGAACCUUGAUGAUAAUGAUGUCAUGGACAUAACAAAACUACUAGAACAACAGGCGGAAGAAAAUUUAGGAAUGGUAAUGAUCUUCACUCUAGUCUCAGCAGUACAGGAGAAAUUAAAUGAAAUAGUGGAUCAAAUAAAAACACGAAGAGAAGAGGAAAAGAAACAGAAAGAAAAAGAAGCAGAAGAAGAGGAGAAACAACGUUUUCAUGGCACUCCUGUUACCAUCGAGAAUUUCCUAAAUUGGAAAGCGAAGUUUGAUGCAGAACUCCUAGAAAUAAAGAGGAAAAAAAUGAAAGAGGAAGAACAAGCAGGCAAAAAUAAAUUAAGCGGUAAACAGCUAUUUGAAAUGGAUCACAACCUUGACACAUCUGACAUCCAGUUCUUGGAGGAAGCUGGAAACAGCGUGGAGGUUGAUGAAUCUUUAUUCCAAGAAAUGGAUGAUUUAGAGUUGGAGGAGGAUGAAGAGGAUGACCCUGACUACAACCCUGUUAAUUUAGAUAGUGAUUAGACUUUUUUGGACUGUCUCUGUCAUCAGUAUGAUAACACAUGUGAGUGAGGGGCAGGCGGGAAAGCCACAGCAUCUGUGGUUUUAGUAACAUGUGGUUUUCUUUUUUCUUUUUUUUUUCCAAAGAAAAGAACCAAAACAUUUUAAAUCCAGAAGAAUGGUCUUCUGAUGACUUUCAUCAUAAAUAAAUUUACUUUAAUAUUUUAAAUGGAAAAUUUGAGGAAUAUUGUUCUGUCUGAAAAUGCUAUUCUAUUUUCUCCUUUUUUUAUUUUUUUCCUUCCCACUUCUGUAAUUUUCACUUGAAGAGAUGUGUCACCGGGCAAGGUGAAAAGAUGUUCUAGCAAGCACUAAACACACCUGCAUCUGAAGUCUGACGGACUGUUCUUGCCAUCUUCCAUCUAGGAUACACAUGGGCGCCUUUGGUAAAUAAAAGGGGUCACAUACUGUGCGGUUAUUUUCAUUUCAUUUUUCUUCUGUGGAAUUAUAUAACAGUGCAAGUCAGUUCUGGUGCCUCAAUCUCUUGGCUGUAGAUAGGCAGCAGUAGUUACCAUGUAGUAAGGCUUAGCCUUAUUAAAGUUUAAUGGCAACCGUUUCCAUACUGCUAGAAUAAAAUCAUUUGCCGUAGUUGAGGGUAAUAGUUUCAAAAUGACUAGUUCAAGUCUGUAGGGGAGAAAAAAGAAAACAGAAUGAGACUGGUUGAUUUGUUCAGAGAGGGUUUGGGGUUUGUUGGGAUUUUUGGUUUUUUUUUUGAACUUGUGCACCAAUGAACUUCUAUAGAAAAAAAAACAACCCCAAACAGCCACCCUGAGAAAAUUAAUUUGGUUUUCGCAACAGCCUGUGUUGAAUUGCUGUCGAUGGAGUGCAGGUGACAGCACCAAGGAUUUAGAGAGUGCUUUGUAGGUUUGAAUGUAAUGGGGGUGUUUCAGAAGCAUAUUGUUGGCAGCCUGUAAAAGGUUAGCACAAUGUACAGUAAAGCCAUGCAUCAACUCAUUGAUGUUUGCCACUCUGCAGAGUUGCUUAUGAAGCUAACAGCUUGAUGUUAGACUCCUCCUCCCUUCCCACCUCCAAAAAACCCCAAAACACUGCAAGAGCUAUGGUGUUUAAAGACAGUCUGUUUGAGACUUUGCUAGAGUGCUGACGGUGUGGAUGAAGGUUUCGAAAGACAGCUCUCUGAGUAGAGAACCACCAGGCACGUCAAAGAUUAAACACUGUGUGCUGAAAUCUAAAACACUGUUAGUAGGCUGCCUUAACUUCACCAGCUUCAACUUUUGAAGAGGAUUGCACUAAAGUAUGACAGUGCUUAAAGGAAUAAUAAAUGUUGUGAACUUCAGUAUUUGGAAAUUCUGUGUGAGAGAUUUAAUUCUGGAAAUAACAGUGUAUAAAAUUCUCUGCUCAUACUGCUCAAGAACGUCUGCUUAGGAUGAUCUCCUUUAACAUGUUUCAGUAGUCUUUUCUUUUUUGUAUUCAAGAUGAAUGAGUUUCUAUUAGAGAGAAAAAAAUGUUCAUAUACGCUGUAAAUACUUUUAUAAAUUAACCAUGUGCCUUUGUUCCUACUGUCCUCUAUUUGAUCUUUUAAAUUUUGGCUACUAAGAAUUGUAGACAAAUACCUAGGUUUCAAUGAUAAUGAUGUAUGUUUCAAAGCAAUAAGCAGGAUCUGUGUUCCAGCACAGUUACCAAAUAUUAAAAAAUCGUGAGUUGGUGUGGUAUAGAAUCUGACUUUUCCAAAGAUAACGGUUGGAUUGAGAGCUUCGGAGUAACUACAUCCAUCUUCCUGUGUAAUUGCUAGGAUAAUUUAAAAUGCUUACCAGGACUGAACUGAAUUUACUUCUGGUAUGUCUCUGUUCAGCUGCAUAAAAAGCAUUUAACUUGUAAGGCUGCUUUCUGUUUUCAGCUGCGGAUGUUUAAAACUGGUGUUUUUUCAUAAAAGAUGUGAAUUAAUUCUCUCUAAAUCUGAACUGAACCCGAGAGUCGUGUGCAAAAUGUAAUUUGAGAGGAUUUUCCAAGUGGGUCAUUAAUGAGAAUCAUCUACGUAUGAGAACGAGUUUCUCAUUAAUGAUAUUUCAUGAUUAAUUAGACUUUCUUGUCUGUUUUCACACAACAUAUUUAUUUGUUUUCAUGUAGGGGAUGCAUAGCUUAAAAAUGUUAAAAUGAUGUCAAGUUAAAAUGUGAAAAGGUGUUUUCGCUGUUACAUGUUAUAUUUCAAAGCAGAAGAAAUAAUAAGGGUUGAAGUGACAAAAAAAUGCAUCAAGUCCAUUCCUCUGAGUCUUUGGAACAAGUUUUAGUGACUCAAUCUGAACUUCAGAUUUGUUGAGCUUUGUCAGUAAUUAAUGUCUGUGAAAUAAAAGGGAAAUUGGAUGAGU